AUGCUCGCCGUGAUCGCCUUCACGAUCAGUGGAUGUGGAUGCGAGGACGGAAAGGUGCCAGAUGAACACGUGGAACGCCAGGAACAGAGUGGCGUGGAACUGGUAGGGGAUUCUGCGACAUUCCGUACACAAGUGAAGUAUAUUAGAGCUGGAUUGAUAGACGAUGGCAUGUUUGGAGGUGACGCGGAGGAGCCAAAAUUCACGUUGUCUUGCCUUGGUGGGGAGUCGUCCUAUGAAUCUUCCUUUGAGACAGGUGACGAAAAGAACUACCACCCUGUAUUGGGUGCCACAGAUGAUAACUGUUUCUACGCAGGUUUAAUGACAGUUGAGUGUCCCGCAGAAUCCGACGUCCAACUGCGCAUAAUGGAGAGUGACACUUUCUCGUCUGCCGAAACUGGGGAGAUAACUAUCCCAUGGGAAAUCAUUCAAUUUAUGACGCAUGGCAUGCAAACCAGCUUCCAGAUAUCCACAUCAAGCACGGGAGGUUGGGACCAAUUCUGGGCUUGGAUGUCUGAGCAGACUGGAGGCAUUUGCAUCACAGAUCUCAUACCCGGCGUCAAUGCAGCAGCGAAAUCAUUAAAGCUUUCAGCAAACGCCGUGAAAAGGAUCAAAAAAGCAAGCCGCACAGUACGACGUUACGAGAAAGCACAGGAGUUGCUUUCCUAUUGCUCCGAAGAUGGGUUUGAGCCAUGCGGAGACGCGUUUGAUACACUGGGUGCUCUUUGGGAUAUGCAGUGCGUGACGGCCAAUACAGGUGGUGGUGUCUACAAUUUCGUCGUUCAGUUCUCGGGGUCCACGCGUGUGGCGCUCAGUUUUGCAAGCCUUGCGUUCGGCCUCAGUCUUAGCGUACUGCUUCCAUGA